GAGGUUUCUGCCGCGCACGAAGACCGUGCUUAAUAAAGCUCAAACUCAGGUCGUUUGUGUACCUUCAGGAAAGACUUGGAAACAAUUACUACGGUUUAAGUUUUCGCUAUGGAUCCGCCAUCAGUGGUCGUCGAUAUUCGGUUUUCUUCCGAUGGUUUUUGAAAGAAAUGCCCAAAGGAAAAAAGGGGGGCUUGAUAAAAUUGCUAUUUUGUCGAACUAAAGAGUGAUUUGCUCUGAUCCGUCAUCGGUGAUCGUCUUUACGAAUCCUCGCCAAGGCAACACAACGACGGCGCCGUUUUGGAUUAUUUUCUGUGACGAAGACUCUGCUUAGUCUGCUGCACGUUGGGCGAUUUGUUGCUGAAGUUACCCGGCAAUACGGUGCAGCCACGCCGGGAAGCAUUCCCAGCGACGGCCGCGCUCUCUGGCUAGCUUACAGGCUGCUUCUGUUUCUUCAACCGAGGCCUUGGCGGUGAGGCGACAAUGCUCGACAUAAUGUCUGAUCACCAAGAUUCUCUAUUGACAUGCAAGACAGAACCUCUGCCCCCGGAGAAGAAAAAGAGAACAGUGGAGGACUUUAACAAGUUCUGCAGCUUUGUCCUUGCUUAUGCUGGCUACAUCCCAAGCCCAAAAGAGGAAAGUUCCUGGUCCCCAACUUCCUCCAGCUCCGCCCACAGUUCAGGACUGUCAGCAGAUGGGGGCGUCGGAGGCAGCAGUUCCAUGAGCAACACCUGGGGAGACGGCACCUCCGACAUUCACACCAUCCACACAUUUGUGCGCAAAGCUCGGGCGAACAAGGGCAAAAAUAUCCGCCGCAUGCACUCUGACAGCACCCUGCUGGACAAGAUGCGCCUCAAGGACUCUCUGUACGAGAGCCAGGUCAGCGCCAAGGCGGAGCGCAAGAAGGACAAAAAGCUGAAGAAGCUGUCGCUGGGCUCCGCCAUGACGGCGGCGGACAGCGGCAGCAGCGAGAGCGAGAAAAGGGCCCGCAUCAAGCGCAGCAAAAACUCCUCCAAGCAGCCGAAAGCCAAGAAGCUGAAAAGCUCGGCGGCGCAGAGCGAGACGGACUCUGAGGAGAGGAAUACGCACUCGGAGGUACGCGCCGUCCGGGAGGAGUUCGCCACGCACGAGGGCUCCGCCUCCACCACGCCGGGGUUGGGGAAGAUGCAGGCGGACGAAUCCACCCGGGAGGCGGAGAUGAGCUCCAGCGAGGGCGAAACGUGGAUCGCAGACGAAGACAUCAUGGUAGAAUCAGGCGACGACUCGUGGGACUUGAUCACGUGUUACUGCGGGAAGCCGUUCGCCGGCCGGCCGAUGAUCGAGUGCAACCAGUGCGGCAUUUGGGUGCACUUGUCGUGCGCCAAGAUCAAAAAGUCAAACGUCCCCGACAUCUUCUACUGCCAAAAGUGCAGAGACUCGCGGCGGUCGGGACACAAAAAAGACACAUAAAGAUGAAGAACAUUCGGAGACGUAAAGAACUCCUGUUUUUGUUUUUGUCUUUGACCCCCCCCUCCUCCACCCUGUCCUCUUGACACGUACUAAACUCUGAUGCCUACAGCCAAAACAGCCUGAAUUAUCGCAUCACCAGUCGGUCGACAAAUUUACUUUGACAAUCGCAACCAUCAUUUUAUUUAUCCCUGACAUUUUGUUUUAAAAUGUUUGUUUUCUUACUGUGAAGCUCUAGAGGAGAUCCAGGAGGGGUUUGAGUCCUUUUUAAUACAGUUAAAUCUUUUGUUCUGAUUUGUAAUCUAUUGCACUAACGAUGUGCAAAUACAAAAAGGAAAAAAAACAUUUCAUCAACUUGACUUGACACCGUUCUCGGUUUGAUAGCCAUUUCUUAACCUCAAAUCAAUGUAAGAUUGACUCUGGAAGGUGGACAUCCUGUUUUCUUCAGACUACGGCUUGAUGGGCAGCUCGUGUUGUUAAUAUUAUAAUUAUAAUAAUUCUUCUUUUUUUUGUGAUUCUUUAAAGUUUGUCAGUGGGCUCCACUGAUGUUGUAAAGUUCUCUCCCAAAAUAAGAGAUUAAAUUCCUGCAUUGGUGUAGCUUAGUUUUAAGCAGUGCACUUUGAUUAAAAAAAAUAAAAACAAAUUCUGCUUCAUAUAAGGGGUCUAAUUGGAGCUACAGUUGAUGCAAAUCUCUACCUGGCUGCAUUCAUUUUAUUUUUUAUUGUUUGAUUUAUUAAUAUUUACCACGAGCAUUUAUUUUGAAAGGUCGCCAGAUGUUUUCGCGUGUCAAGUCAUUUUAUACAAAAGGUUGCUGUUAAAACAGACUGUUCGCAGUGUUUUUUGUUUUCAUUUUUAGCGCCAAGGUUCGUUGUAUAAAAAAAAACGUUUUCUUGUAAAUUUCCGAGCUUUCGUAGAAGCGCGGGAUCAUCCCGGGAAGGACAAAGAGUUCGGCUGUAAUGUACAGAAAAACAAAAAACGUUGAGGCUACGUAGGUUGUGGCGUUUCUUUGCUUUCUACCAUUUUUUUGUUCCCCUUUUUGUUCGUUUUGUGGGAGAAUCCUCGCAAGUUUUCCGUAGCGGUUGCACUCCCCUGUACGAGUUCUGUGUACAUAUCCUUUGUUUUCUUUAACAUCUGUACAUAUGUGAAAGUGAAGAGAGAAUACCCAAGCAAAUUCUAUAUUUUCUGCAGUCAGAUAUUGUUUUCUUUAAUUGUAGCUUGAAAAAUAAAAUCCUUUGGAACCACAAAA